AUGCUAGCAUCUCUCCCACCAGAAAUCCUUGAAAAUAUCUGCGACAAGCUAAACGGUAUAGACCUCCAAUGGCUUUCGCUCACGGCAAAAUGGCUACACAAAAUAACAUUUCGCCAUCUCUGGCGCUCUAUUACUAUCCAACCAUACCCCGAAAGCGAGCGACAUUGUAUAAGCCCUUAUGGUCCACCGCAGCGUUGUCUUCAGUAUACGAAAGAACUCCGGUUUGAUCCUGGUGUUGGCGCAGAUCCGAAACGAUGUAUCCACGUGAGCGACUGGCUUGGGUACAUGGCAAACUGGACUGAUAAAGUCCCUCUUCAUCAGUAUACUUGGGAGGCUAGGGGCGAUAGUUUUGGGCUAGAGGGUGGAAAGCUUGUGAGGGUCAAGUUUGAGUGUCUUACACAGAGGGCUGUGCUUUUGCUUGAUCGUUUCAGCGACGGGCAGCUCGAAUCAUUCAGCUGGAACUAUACUUCUUGCAUUCCCUCUGAGAUACUCGAGAUUCUGAGUCUCAAACAUCCCUCCAUCCAGAGCCUUGAACUCAUCACAGAUCCUUUCUGUAGCAGAUUCAACCGCUGGAGCCGAACAACGGACAUAGACCUCUCGGCGUUUCGUAACCUUCGACGACUCAGCUGGAAAGCACCUAUGGGUUGUCACUUCGACAACAUUUCUAGUCUGGUCAAGGCCAAUGCGAGACAGUUGGAGGAACUAGAACUGGAGUUGCAGGGCUGGUCUCCAGAUCGAGAGAAUCGUGAGUCCACGGUUAGUCAUCACGAGGAAAACCCUGAAGUAUGGGAUAAAAUACCUGCGAGCACUAUGCUUGCUAGGCAGAUGUUUGGUCUGCUUGAGGCCGCUUCAUCAGCAGCUGAGCGGACGCAGUUCCCGAAGCUGCGAAGCUUAAGACUCACAAGGGUUCCUUUGAGAGAUGAUAACACUGGUAUAAAAGUCGCAGCUUCUUCAAUUAACCUCAAGGCUCUUAGGCAUCUAUCGUUGAGGAUGUGUGCGUAUUGGAUGCAGUUCCUAUCUAGCAUGGUCGAAUCGCGAACGCCCCCUCAACUCAAAACUCUCGAACUACUGGACUUCUAUCUGAACACACCCCACGAAACUGCAACGAGCAAAGCCACCAUAAUCACUAGGUUAAUCGAUUCCUUCAAAGGCCUCGAAGAGCUUUGCAUCAGUAUAUGUGAUCCAACGUCAUCUCUUCAGUUCUGGGAACACGUCGCGGGUCAUACGACAACUCUGAGAAGAUUGGUGUAUCAUCAAAGACUUACAGACCCAGAUGAAGAGCUGUUGAACUCGCGCUUCGGCAGAGACUCAUCGGACUUGGGGCUAUCAUCAGAGGAUCUGAACCGUAUUCGGCAGUAUCCUUCUCAGAACCCGCUUUCGAGACUCAACCUCGAGUUUAUUGGGUUGACAUGUGCUCCAAAGUACCUUAAAGACAUACUGCUACCCUUUGUAGCUAAGCGAUCACUCGAAGUGCUUCACAUUCGACACACAGGAAUGGACUCAGGCCCCAGUGCAUUAUGGGUCUUCAAUCACGCGUUAGAACUCAAGAUCACAGAAGGUGAAAACGAAGGCGUGCCCAUUGAUGACACAACAAAAGCUGGCAACUCACUCAACGAUGGUGCAGAAGAGCAUAUUCGUCCUGGCCUUGAAGAGCUCGCUACUGCUGUAAGGGAGAGAAGAGAGUGGGGAACACCACCUCUGCAGCAAAGCUUCCGAGACUUUGCGAGCUGGGUCUUUGGUCCAAAUGGGGUCAAGUCAUUGGAAUACAUUGUUACCGGUGAUCUCUCUCAUGGGAAUAGGUAUGCGGCUAACAACGCUUUGAUAUGCAGGGCGGUAGGCGGAGAGACGAGAUAUCGUGUUGUCAGUCAGGAGCGCGGAGGGCCGGAGUGGCGGGAUGUGAAGAGCAGAUUUGGAAGUGCACUGGCGGCAUGUCCGGUUGAGAAUAUUGUUCCCGAGUACAACUAGUGGCCUUCUCUGAGAUCAGUUACUGAGGAGCUUACUGGUUGCAGUCUUCAGUAAAGCCCACGGACAUCCUCCGAGAUAAGACUCAAUCCCGUAGAGCUGUAUCCUGCGCUUGAUGUUGAGGUUCUUAGCUUUGUAUAGUCUAGACGACAACGCGUACGGCAGCGAUGUACCCCGGUGUACCAUGAAGAGCUGUCUUUAAGUUUCAGCCUCUAUACCAUUUUAAGAUAAUACAGGGUAACACGUCU